AAAGCAAACCACCAACAAACAGGCAAAACAAACAAACCACCAGCCAAAACAAGCAAACCACCAACAAACAGCCAAAACAAGCAAACGACCAACAAACAGCCAAAACAAACAAACCACCAGCCAAAACAAGCAAACCACCAACAAACAGCCAAAACAAAGCCAACUGCCGACCAACACAAAGCAAACAGGUAACCAGCAGCUAAAGUGGAUCAUAAGAAUGUUACUGCAUCGAAAGUGAUUACAUAGAAAGCGAAAGACAUCAAAAUUUCCUGCUUCAAGCUUUAGCCAAAACAGAAACAAGUUACCGGUACCUAUUGAUUUUAAUGAGAGCCUGCUAUUAAAUGAUACUUGGAAAUGGAAAAGCUAAUCUGAUGGAACAGCUUAGUCGAAGAUCCUAGUGCGAUUUUCAAAUUGCAAUUCCUUAGGGAUUACAAGUGAUUGCUUGUACCUGAUGGAUGCAAAGGAGGUGAAAUCAGCUUUAAAGAAGGCAAGGGAGGCAAUUCGACAGAAAGAAUACAAUGAGGCUCUGGGAGUUUGCAAGGACAUCAUUGCCUCUGAUGGAUCUAACUACAUGGCCUUUGUGUUGACUGCUGUAGCCGCGGAGGGGCUUUCUCAAAACGACCAGGCUCUUGGCGCAUACAGAAGAGCAGUGCAGAUAGAUGAUACACAGAUUCUAGCCUGGCAGGGCUUGGGCACAUUUUAUGAAAAGAACUCCAUCCCAGCCUAUGCCUCAGACCAAUGUGAUGUCUACUUAAAGCUCAUUGAGUUCAAUAAAGGACAAGAGGACAAGAUAUAUGAGCUGACAGUGAAGCUUGUUAAACUGACGGAAUACGUGAAUGAUCCCGCCAAGAUACAAAAGAUCCUAGAACUAUCUGGAGAGUAUCUCGCUAGCCAUCCUAUGUACAGUGAUGAAGUCGAGACCAUUCUAACAUUCUUCUUCUCACAGACUCUCCAGAGGGAUGGUGAUAGCAUCUCCAAACUGGCCCAGACUUAUCUUCAAGUUUACCCAGCAUCCUCGGUUGUACUCAAACAUUCCAUUCUAGGUUGCCUUGACAAAAUGAUAGUUGAUGAGACAGUAGCCACUAAACUCCCAGACCUGGUAUUGAGGUAUGAAGCUGUGCUGGGUGGCUGUAACUGUGAUGUGAUGACAGUUGCAAAGGCGGCCAUAUCUUUUACGAGGAAGGAUUGUACUUCAGCGCGGAAAAUUCUCCAACAAUUGUCAAGUUCUGGUGGUCAGCUGGUUUGUGUUGUGUGUCUUCAAGCCAAAAUGGAAUUUGAACUUCACCAGUAUAUUUCUGCUAUCAGAACUUGCAAAACAGCCAUGGACCUUGUCAACAGAAAGGACGCAAUUCUCACUCAGCUGUGUGGUAGCGUACGUCAGGUCAUCAAUGUUCUAACUGUGCGAUCUCUAACACAAAUAGGCGACACUGCCUCACUUAACAGGGCUUUGGGCAUCAUAGAAAAGGAUCUAGAGCACAGUGAGUCCACACAACUCAUGAAAGGGCAGAUAUGCUUCAAACUGGGGGAUCUACAAACUGCAAGGUCAUGUUUAAUUGGAAACUCCACAGAAAAGCAAGACCUUGAGGGUCAGAUAUUCUUUGCAGAAAAGGACUUCAAGGCAGCAAAACAGAUGUUUGAGAGUUUGUUGAAACAGGAGACAGAUAACUCCUCGCACCUUGUGAACCUUGCCAAGUGUCUAUGGGAGACAGGGGAAGAUAACCAGCAGUAUUUCACCCUUCUGCUGAAGGCUGCAAAACUGGACCCCAACAACAGCGUGACCUUUCUGUAUCUAGGUCAUUACUACAUUCAAGUUGGGAAGGACAAAUUAAGGGCUCGCAAGUGUUACCAGAAGGCAUUUGACCUUGACCCCAGCUGUAGUGAAGCAGGGGAACCACUGUGUGACUUUCUUACUGAACAGGGAGAAGAGGAUCUGGUCCACCAGAUUCUUGUCAAGUUCACGAGCAUGGCUCCACCUGGAAGCGGCAAGUGGGCGUGGCUAAGACUGGGUCUGUGGCAGAUGAAGCAUGGCGACCCGUCUGUUGCCAUAGCGUCACUGCAGUCUGCCCUCAGGGCUGAUUCUAAAGACACUCAUGUAUGGGAAUGUCUAGGGGAGGCUUACCUGUUACGUGGCAGCUACACAGCGUCUCUGAAGGCCUUUACUCGGGCAGCCGAACUCAACCCAGCCUCCAUAUACUGUCUCUUCCAGAUAGCCUCAAUCAAGCAGACCCUGGGACAGUACCAAGAGGCCCUGGAGGAGUACAAGAUGAUCCUGGACCAGUCUGAUGACUAUGUACCUGCACUGAAAGGGCUGGGUGAGACAUUGGUGCAGAUAGGGCGUUCCUUACUCAACCAGUGUUUCUAUGGUCGUGCCAGGGACACUGCAGAACUGGCCGUUAAACAUCUGUACAGGGCUGGCAGACUGAGGCCUGAUGUGUCCUGUCUGUGGAAGCUGAUUGGGGACGCUUGUACAAUCAUACAUGUCCUGCCAGAAAAGGGCUUCAGGUUUGAAAGACCAGAAAAGGGCAAUAUGACCAAGUUGGAGACUCUAGAGUUUGGAAAUAUUUGCUACAUUCGGGCUUUGAAAAUUCUCCCAGACUGUUCUUCACUCUGGCAUGAUCUGGGUGUGAAUUACAUCCACCAAUCAGAUAGUAGCUCUGGUGAUACUGCAAUUUCAUUGGCUGAAAAGUCUGUCCAAUCGCUGAAGAAAGCCAUUCAACUGGAACCGACCAAUCACAAGCAUUGGAAUGCUCUAGGAUUUGUGGCCUGUAGGAAAGUGUACAACAAGUCUUCCCUGGCGCAACACUGCUUCAUCAAAUCUAUCAAGGUUGAGGCUAAUAAUGUCGUUGCAUGGACCAAUCUGGCAGCUUUGUAUCUUAAGAAGGAAAAUGUCAAGCUAGCCCAUGAGGCUUUUAAAGUGGCCCAGAGCCUGGAACCAUCGUAUGUUGCCUGCUGGGUGGGGCAGGCUAUUAUAGCAGAGGUUGUUGGACACGAGGAUGCUAUGGAUCUCUUUAGACACACCACAGAACUAUCCCACCAUGUUGAGGGAGCUAUAGGCUAUGGCCAGUGGGUGUGUUCUGUUCUGCUACAGUCGGAUAAAAAGGGGACUAGUAUGUACAUGUAUGCCAUUGAAGAAAUGGGAGCUGUACCUUCGGCUUCCGAUGCUCUGGCUAGAUACACUGAGUGUAAUCAGACAAACCCAGUGGCCUACAACCUUCAUGCUCUACUGUUGGAGAGACAGGGCCUGUAUAAAACUGCCAUCACACAGCUUAAUAGAGCGCUGUUGCUGUGCAAGUCCGGCCAGGAGAAUGCUGAGAUACUAAGGGACGUGCUUGCCAACUGUGCUCGCUGUUAUAGGAAGAAUGGUGACUAUCCUAUGGCCUGUCAGCUAUACAAAAAGCUAGGAGAACAGUCAAGGGUAGAGGACCUGUACCAGUUUGGCCUAGCCCUGUACCAGGGUGGGGACUGCAAAGGAGCCAUUCAGGUGUACAGCCAGGCAGCUGAGCUAGAAACAACUGACAAAGAGAAGUCACAUAUUCUGGUAACCAUGGCAAUGGUGUACUACAAGAUGAAUGACCUUAAUCAGACUAAAACAAUACUUUUUCAAAGUUCUCAGAGUUCUGAAGCAUCUCCUGCUGGUCUGAAGGCCCUCUGUGCCCUUGGUCUGCUCCAGUCCGACAUCACCUUGGCAACUGCUGCUGUACAGGAGCUCUCCAAACUGGGAGGGGAGAAUAGUCACCUGUAUGACUUCACUCUGCUGCAAUGCAUCUUGAAUCUUGCUCAGGACGAGACAGACACAGCAUUGGCUCUGGUCCAAGCUAGCCUGGAAGACAGCACCACACAAGGUGACUGCUGGUAUCUUCUGACACUUCUACUGCUCAUGUUUUACCCCAGUAAAUCAGGCAUUGCAACCCAGGCUGCUAGAAACGUUCUACUUCAUGGACACACGGUGCAUAAUAAGAAAGAGCAGUUGCUAGUGCCAGUUGCUGACAUCAAACAUGGUUACCAUGGCAAUAAGACCAGCUGUAGAAACGCCUUCCUCAGUGCACAGAGGGCUGUACAUCUUUACCCUGACAAGAAGGAAGGCUGGUUGACUCUUACCUCGGCCGUCGGUGUUGAAGCGGCCAGUGCAAUGGAUGAUGAGAGGCGAAGAUCCCUGAUGACAUUCCGGUACAACAUGCUGGUCAACGUGGUUCAACUAGACCUAGAUCCUGUGUUUAGUCUCUGGUGUUUACAACAGAGGGUGGCAUGUGCUGCCUUGGCGGGUCUACACAAGGAAGUCAUGGACGACCUGGAUAAGUUGAUGACCGACUAUGGAGAGGAAAAGGAAGCGACAGACUUCUUCAACCUUAUGAGGAAAUAUCUAGCAGAAAACCCAUGAUGGAUGUUACGAUAUUAACUGUCUGUUCUGACAAAACAAAACAUUCAUAAUUUCUAAGAAUACUGAUUCGGAAGUCAUCAUUCGUCAGAAAAUACUAGAGUUCUUAAGAUGAACUUUGUGAUGCAAUAUGUAAAAUGGAGUAACAAAUAAAGAGAAUCAACAGUUA